UGUUUAAAUUUUUAUUUUCUUUUUGCCCCUGAAGGCUUCAUUGUAUCUUUACAGAGAAGAAAAGAUGUUUGACGCUCUUGGACUCACAUGCAUGAUUUGUUGGUGCAUGAUGCUAUUUUGUCCUUUACAUGCUGACCUUCAGUGUAUGGGGUCGGGGACACAAGAAUCGCCUAUCUCAAACUUGACAUUGAAUCGGAGAAGAAUGGAGCUGUCCUGGCAAAGCAGCAAGAACUUCUCCAGUUACAAGUGUACCAUGGCUGCAAACUUAAAACACAGAGAAAUGAAGGUGAAGAACAAAUCAUGCAGAUUUGAAGUAGAAGAUAGUGUGCCUCUGUACAGAGGAGCAGUCUUCACCGUUACAGUACCAAAGACAAACAUCUCAAAAAUUUGUCCAUUUUUCCCUGAAGGCAUUAAUGGGUCAGCCAUUGAGAACUUCUCCUGUGUGAUUUAUGACAUUUCCCUCAUGAAUUGCACUUGGCAUGCAGGCAGGAAUGCUCCAGGAGAUACCCAAUAUUUUCUCUACUGGCAGAACUCAAGAAAUGAUGACCAGACAGAAUGUGAACUUUACAUGAAAGAUGAAAAUGACAGAAACAUGGGAUGUAAAUUCCAAAAUGUGACAAUUAAAGAUAAAACUACUUAUUUCCUGGUAAAUGGAUCCCACAAAGCCUUCCUGAUCCAGUUUUAUGAUAAUUAUACAAAACUAUACACAAUUGGUAAAAAACUCAUGCCUCCAUCAAAUGUCACUGUCAGUUGUGACAAAAAUUCACGUUCUUGCACUAUUCAAUGGCAACAACCCCAAAUAAAUCACUCUAACAAAGACAGAUGUUUUAAAUAUGAAGUUGAAAUAACAUCCAAGGGCAACUCUGCAGAGUGGACCAAUCAAAGUUAUACAAAAGAAAUUAUUACAAGCCACAUAGUUCAAAAUCCCAACAUGGGAAAGAAGAACCUGGUGAAAAUAAGAGCAGCUGGCCAUACAUGUAGAGUGAACAAAGACUGGGGGGAGUGGAGUGCAGCUGUUGAGUUUGGAAAUGAAGAAAUUUCUUCUUCAGUAUGGAUUUUACCUGUAGUGGCAGUUGCAACACUCUCAAUAGCUAUCUUUACAAUUUUCUUCUGCAAAAGGACUGGUUAUUGGAAAGCAGCAUUUCCACAAGUUCCAAAGCCAAAAGAUCCAUUUCAUGGACAGCCUGAUAUAAAUCCACAGAUGAUGGAGUGCAAAAUGCAGUCAGUAACAUCUGAAACUGAACAAAUUAUAGUAGUUGCUGAAGUAGAAUAGUAAAAACAAAUGAGGAACCUGAAAGUGUACUUUUUAGUUCAGGCAAUUCAGCUCUGCAGAAAGUCAGGGACCAAAAUGCAUAAGUAGUGCAGCCAAGAGAUAAGAUUAUUUAUGUGUAAAUUUUUGAAAUGCCUUUGUAUUUUCUUUUAAUUUCAUCUUACUUUAGCUGUCUGGGUAACUGUCCUUACUGGGAACUCUGUGAAUAUGAUUUAAAUAUUUCAGUCAAAAGUUUCAGAUACAUUUCAAUUUGUUAAAGAAAAAUAAUAUAUAUAUAUAUAUUUUUAUCAUAUUAAAAAAUACUAAGAGCCAGUAUUCUGAGAGGGCAGACAGCUAUUUAGAGGGACCUUGACAUGCUGGAGAAAUGGGUUGAUGGAAACCUCAUGAAGUUCAACAAAUGCAAAUACAAAGACCUGUACCUGGGACUACCUAAAUCCAUGUAUCUUAGUGAGUGGAUGACAGACAGGUUUGUAGACAAGGCUCUUUGGUCCUGGUGGACAGGGUAGACAAAAAUCACCAGUGCGUCCUUAUGUUUGAUCAGGUGACAGGAGAGCACAAAGAUCCCCCCUUCAGUUAAAGUCUAAUUCCAUACAAAACUCAUUCUGGAACUGGAGUUAUAUCAGAAUAGUCUUGUCAUAUGACUCCCCAAUUUGGAUGGUUGGAAAGUAAGCCAUCCACCUGUUCCUACCUGAGGAUGUUAUGCUGGAAGCUCACCAUGACUUCUAAGUUGAUGUUAAUACUCAAACAAAAAAUGGUCAAGCAUUUCACCCCUUAACAGAAUUAGCCUUUGAGUACUGUCAUUCACAAUAAAAAGAACUUUAUCCUCUGA